AUACAACUCUAUUUGCCUUUUCUCUCUGUGUUUGCUUUGUUGCUUGAAGCUUAUUUCGAAGAUUCAAUUCAUUCAAUUCCGUUGUGAAUGGUGGAAAUAUCUUCUGUACAAUUGAUGUUCGUCCCCUCUUGUUCUUCUCCAAGAAGGGGGAUUUUUGUUGCCAAUUCCUUCUUCUGUUUUGGAUCCUGUAAUGAAGGCUGGUACUACCGUUGCCUAGGUCUUGACCCGUGAAUCGAUAAACACAUUUUGUGUCAUUGAAUCGAUUUCGUUUUACUCUCUUGUUUUUUUCAUUUUGUUCUUUGUUUUUGCCAUUCAAUUAUAAAAGAAAAAAAAAUCUAAAUAUGUUGCUUUAUAAGCAGAAGAAGAAUCAGGCCGUAAAGGGCAACCGAUUUUUGAUUAGUGUUACGGUGUUGGGUAGUGCGGGCCCGAUUAGAUUCGUGGUGAAUGAGGAGGAACUUGUUGCUGCUGUGAUUGAUACGGCUUUGAAAUCGUAUGCUCGUGAGGGCCGAUUACCCAUUCUCGGGUCAGAUCUCAACAAUUUCGUUCUGUACUGCCCCAAUGCCGCAACUGAAGUUCUGUCUCCAUGGGAGUCAAUUGGAUCGCUUGGGGUGAGAAAUUUCAUUCUGUGCAAGAAGCCUCAGACAGAGAAGGCCAUUGAUGAUGAGAAGUCACAGGAAAUGAGUCGGAAGGGGUCUAGAAGUUUGAGGACUUGGAUCAAUAAAUCUUUCAUUCUAAAGAUAUCUUCCCAUUGAAUUGAAUAAAAUUGGAUUGUUGGAAUAAUUAGAAAACUUUCUAUGAUGUUACUAGUUUGUUUUCUACAUUAGAUGGCAUUAAUCCCAUCUGUUCCAAGUUUGUUUCUAGUUUUUUCAUUGUAAUUUGAAGUUCACGAUGACAAAUAAAUGUGAAAUUGUGUGGUUUUCCGCAUAACAUUUGUUCGACUUUGUCCA